AUGGAGAGCGGCAAGAAGCACGUCAGCGUGGUGGCCCUGUUGGCCGCAAUGGUGGCUCUACAGCUGAUGGCAGCUCCGGCGGCCAUGGCCCGCCCAAUGCAGGCUAUGAAAGGGGACGGUUCCCGCGCCCCACUGCCAAGGCAGAUAAUGGAGGAGCUAAUCCUCUCCAAGCUCGCUGUGUGCCGCUUGGUGGUGCAUUAUUCGAAGCUGCAGCCCCAGAUUGCAGCAACAUCAAGCAACAACAGCGUCGACCAACAUGAAGAUGUGGGGCAACAAGGUGUUGCAACAAAGGGUCAUGGGGGGCUGGGUCCUAUUGGAAGCGUGUCAACAAACUCUACUGAGUACGUGCAAGUAGAGGUUGGUACAGAUGAGGAGGUCUACCAUGAGGAUGAAGAUGUUGUAUGCUCACAGCCGGUAGUGCCAUGUGUUGGGAUGGAAUUUGACACAAUACAAGAAGCAAGAAGCGUGUACAAUGACUAUGCUUUGAAGAUGGGUUUUAACAUCAGAGUGGCAUCUUCAAGAAAUAGCAAUGUCACAAAGGGAUUGAUCAGAAAAGAGUGGGAAUGUUCUCAUGCUAGGAAGCCUCCUCAGGAGGGAGCAGAUGAUGGAGAGGAGGAAACCACCUCAGCAAGCACAUUGACUAAUGACACAGCAACACUAGGGGAUUCAAAGAAGAGAGCAGCAAUAACUGUGCUGACCACAGCAACAAGGAAGCGCAACACCAUCAAGAAAUUGGACUAUAAGGCUCACAUGGCAGUUGGCUUGAGAAAUGGGAAGUGGAGAGUCAUUGUAAUGCAACCUGACCAUACUCCUCCCAUGGUGAAGGCGAUUGGGGUGAGGAAACACCUGAGGUCCCACCGCAGCAUCUCGUUGGCUGAUUAUGAGCUGCUAAAAACACUACACCAUAGAAACAUUAGCACCACGCAGAUCAUGGGGGUCCUUGCUGAUUUCCAUGGUGGACUUGGCAACCUUACUUUUAGCAGCAAGGAUGUUUCAAACAUGAGGACGCACUUGAGAGGAGGUCUCAACUUCAGGGACAUGGAUGCAACAUUGGAGUAUUUUCAAAAGCAACAAGCUGAGAGUCCUUGCUUCUAUUAUGCACCGAUGAUUGAUGCUAAUAAUGUUGUUAGAGGAUUGUUAUGGGUGGAUGACAGGACUAGAGAGCUGUACAAGACUUUUGGUGAUUGCAUUUUCUUUGACACAACAUAUUGCACCAACAGAUAUGACAUGCCAUUUGCACCAAUCGUUGGGAUAAAUAACCAUUUGCAGAGCAUACUUCUUGGAUGUGCAUUAUUGCCGGAUGAGACAACAGAAACAUUUGUUUGGGUGCUAGAAAGGUUGAAGGAAGCAAUGGGUGGGCAUGAACCAACCAACAUAAUGACGGACCAGGAUAAAGCAAUGAAAGCAGCAAUAGCGAUAGUGUUCUUUAAUGCAACACACAGAUGUUGCAAAUGGCAUGUGCUGAGCAAGGCGAAUGAUAAACUUUCUUGGCUUAUUAGUGAGGAACAAGACUUUGCCAAGGAGUUUGACUACUAUGUGAACCGGACUGAAACACCUGAAGAAUUCAAGAUGUUGUGGGCGAUGAUAGAGGACAAGUACCACUUGCAAGAAAAUGAAUUCUUUCAAAGUAUGUCCACUACAAGGAGGAUGUGGGCACUUGCGUACUUCAGAAGGUACUUCUUCCCCUUCACGAGCACGACAGGGAGGUCGGAAAGCAUGAAUUCAUUAUUCAAGAAGGUUGUUCACCCUCAGGACUCAGUGUUGCAGUUUGUCACACAAUAUGAUUACAUCAUGGACACCAUGACUGAAAGAGAGAAUAAGGAGCAUUGCAAGGGGGAGAUUUCAGAUCCACCACUAUGGGGGAGGUAUGCUUUCGAGAAGCAAGCUGCUGCAUUCUACACUAGUGAAGCCUUUGGUAAAUUUCAAGAGUUGUUGUGUGAUUCAACAAGAUUCAAAGUAGGGGCUAUGGCUAGUGAUGACCAGGGCUGGCCCAUUGAAAUUGUGCACCCAAAUUCAACCAGAGUCUGCACGGUCACAGUUGAUAAAGAUGCAACAUUGUAUACAUGCUCAUGCAACAUGUUUGACCGGGAUGGCCUCUUGUGUCCACACAUACUGAAAGUCUUCACAAACAGGGAUGUCGAAAAAAUUCCAGAGAAGUAUCUACUUAGAAGGUGGUCAAACAAAGUGACGAUAAGGAUACCGGAACGCCUCUUGGGGGCUGAAUCAGCAUUUGGUGUCCCGACCACAAACAAGCUAAGGUACAAUGCAUUGUGUAGAAAAAUGACAUCACUAGCAGCUGAAGCUUGUUCAAGUCCUAAAAAGUACACCGUUGCUUCUGCUAGGAUCGAUCAAUUGGUAGAAGCGGUCAGGGCAGCAGGGGGUUCACCAGAAAUGCAACAAGAUGAAGUUCAGGCUUCUAAAGCAUCCAAUGUUGCAACAGGUCAACAGUCCCAAACACCUGCUGUCAUGGUAAAGAAUCCACCAAGAACAAACCGUAAGGGGCGUCCAAAGGAGAAGGUGGAAAGGUUGAAGUCGAUAGUGGUGCAAGCUAAGGAGAAAGCAAUGAAAAAGAAGCGUAAAGGAAAGAAGCCACAAAAAAUCCCACCAUGCUUAUAUUGCAUUGAAGACGACCAUAGUGUCUAG